AUGUAUCACCACCCGGGCACGACCGGCUCGUCGUCGUCCACCACCGACCCCCGCCUUGCUGCUUCAGCGGCGGCGGGUGGUGCGCCAUCAGCGACCUCGCAGCCGCCCGUCGACCCCCCUCCCUACUCGACAUCAUCGUCAUCAUCGACUGAUCCACGCUCCUCGUCAUCGUAUCCUGCCCACUUGGUAUCGAUGCCCCCUCCACUCGCGUUCUCUGGCGCACCGGCUGCGCCUGGUCACGGAAGUGGGGGACCUCCACCCCCAUCACUCACUCAGCUUAGCUCGAGCACCACAGGCAGUGCUGGAGCGACGCCCUCUGGUGCUGCUUCUUGGUACAGUGGAGGUGGAGGUGGAAGCAGCGACAUCCGCCUGCCUUCUCUCACCGCUCAAGUUGCUCCAUUGGACAAUGCAUCAACCACCCCCUCGAUGGCUCAACAAUCUCAAGUCAUCACCAUCUACGAGUUCACGCCCCAGUCGGGGGUUGAGGGCACUGCGAUCUCCAUCAACUGCAACCUCACUUUCCCCUCUGAUCACGGCCGGGGCGAUUCGGGUGGCAACAAAAUUCGCUUGUACUUCGGCAACCAGAUCGUUGACACGACUCUGAGACCACCAACAAACAACUCUGAAGCUUAUCUGAUCAUCGCGAACGUUCCCCCCCUUCACAACUGCGGCAUGACCGGCUCGAACGCCUGGAGCGUUCCAGUGACGCUGCAUGCUGUCAACGACCGGGGAAUUCUCGAGAUCCAGAGCCUCGGCGAGUUUGGAUACAUUUCCGAAGCGAACGCAUUCAAGAAGGCACGCAAACUUAGCUCGAAAGCAGGGUCCCCUGAGCGCAGGCUCUCGUCCGCUGGUUAUCGGCGCCGCAGGCGUGAAGACGAAGGCGGGUACAACCCUCCGACUAUACCGGCAGGAACAGCGGGCGCGUUCGUCUACGACUCGCCGCCUCCCCCUCAGUCGCAGUCGCUGGGUCUGGUACGCACUACCCAGAUUACACAGGUGAACUCGCCAAACCCUGGCCAGCCCAAUCCGUUCAUCAUGCGCUCCAAGGCUCAACUCCAGAUCGAGGGCGAUCUCAUGACGAUGAAGAGCAACUGCUCCUGGUGGCGUGAGAGGAAAAAGGAAUAUGCUGACAUUCCUCAGGUCGCCCGAGAUGUGGGCCAGCCGCCGUUGCUUGGUUGCUUUCACGCGCCGACAGGUUGGCGCUACUGUUUAUGCCAGCUUCAAGGCCGUCGAGGAGCGCCUCCCAACAUGAUCGUGAUCUCGUGUCUCUACCACGAGGCGCGCCAGGAGUGCUUCUUCACUUCAGUCGAUGUCAUUUAUCUGCUGGAGUGCCUGAUGGCGACGCGCUACACGACCGAGGAGAAGAACCGAAUCCGCCGCAAUCUCGAGAGCUUCAAGCCGACUACGCUCCAGAAGAACGAGGGGCAAUGGCAGGAGUUCUACGCUCACAUCAUGAACUACCCGAACCCCAAGCCUCGGAACAUUGACAAGGGACUGAAGGUCUUCCCAUGGAUCCAUCUCGAGCCCGCCUUGAAAAAGAUCUUCUCCAACUAUUCCGCGUACACCAACAUGCCUUUCACAUUCGACAGUCCCGGGCCCAAUCACGGCUCUGGCCCGAUGGGGUACCCUCAGCACGCACACGUAUCGCCUGACCCCUUGGGCUUCUCGGAUGAGCGGGCUUCUGCGCCGUACGGUGCUCCCCACGGCGCUGACGCAAUGAGCCCCUACGUUUCUCAUCUCCCCAGUUACCAUCGCCCGGCCUUAUCUGGAGGCUCAGCAAGUGGAGUUCCGGCGGGCAGCUCGAGUUCUGGAGAGGCAUCUGCCCCUCCGACUGCCUACGGUGGGGAGCCGCCCAUGCCUGGAUACGUCAACAUGCCGCCCCCGCCUGGCCCUUACGGACGCGAUUAUGUGUCCUAUGCGCCCCCCUCGAGUCUCAGCAUGACACCGCACCCGGGUGGGUACUAUGAUCCGCCUCCGCCCCACAUGCAGUAUCCCCACGUCGGUCGGGGCUCGAGCUCGUCGGACUUUCGCGUUGUUGGUUACCACAAUGAAGCCGGGAACCCAAGCCGCCCGCACUCGAACCCCUCCCCUCACAUGCCUCACAACGCAUACCCGCCUCAGCAGCAGCAGCCUCCGCCUCCUCCUCCGCCCCAGUCUUGA